GUAAUCACCUGUGCCCGGUCACGGAAAGAAUAAGACUUCAUCAUGUUCCAAGGAAUUUUAUACCACCAUGUGAGAGUUUUCAAGAUCAGAAACACCCCAAUGACAUAUUCAUUUGUUAAUAUUUUCAAAUGUUAUUCGUCGAGGCUCUUUUCUUCGGAUGCCUUUCGGAGUACUUACCGUAGACGAUUUUCAGAUCAAGAUUAUCCGAUUGACUCACGGAAAGGGUACUGGGGUUUGUUAGAAGCAUAUGAGUAUAAGUGGAGCAAAGACCUCAACAGGCCCAGGACGGAACAGGUUUUGAGUUCCUUUCCACUCAUGGAAAAGAUAAAAAAUGAAAGUGAUAUAGGUCAGGUGUUUGAACUGUAUGAAGUGUUGAAAGACUCAAACUUAGCCACGGACGACGUAAUGACCAUUUCUUCUCAGGUCGCACUAUUCUCCCGUUUUUCUCACCAACAAGUAAGGCAUGGAAAAGGCAGCGAGGCCGUUGACUUAAGUCGCGUGCAGGAAGCGACAGAAUCUCUCUUGAAAGCUAUGAAAUGGAAUAGCUGUCAUUUUGAAUGUUCUCAACUCACCAGCGCUGUUUGGGCGAUAGCGAAUCAUCGAGUGAAAGCUAAGUCGCGUCAUGAACACUUAGAGGUGACUUUUGCACUGCUCCAUUUUGAUAAAGAAAUCAGAAGCCGUGAUCUCAGCGAGUUCACUAACGGGGACAUAGCUGUGAUCUUUCUGGCAUACGGCAAAGCUUAUGUCCGAGCGUUUUCGAUGUUUAAGGUGCUUAGAAAUGAAAUUAUGGCCCGGGAUUUGGCAGAUUUCACCGUGGAAGAUAUCAGCAAAAUUCUUUGGUCCUAUGCGCAGAUGAAGCAGACAAGUGCUUCACUGUUUGCCGCUAUAAAGAAGGAAUUACUGAGUCGUGAUUUAUCACAUUUCUCUGAGAAGGUCAUAGUGUCAGUCCUUUGGUCAUUUGCCAUGGCCAAAGGGAACACUAAGGAUUUAUUCAGAAGUUUAAAACGUGAAAUUUUGAAGCGUGGUCUCUUGCGUUUUUCAGAGAGGCAGCUAGCUCAGAUUGUUUCUUCUUAUGCUGAGAAAAACAGGCAUGCCCCUGAUCUCUUUGAAGGAGUUGCUUCUAACCUUCUUUCAAGAGGUGAACUCAACUUUGAUUCAAGAGGCCUUAGAAUGAUUGCAAAGAGCUUUGCAAAGACCAAGAAUUUCAUACCAGAUCUUUUUAGUUUCAUAGGAGACCAUGUAAUGGAUAGUGAUAUUUCUGUAUAUCAUCCCUUGGAAGCUGUUGACCUUUUGUGGGCCCUUACUGAAGCAGGUUUCCUUCAGGAAAUACUCCACCACAAGCUUGUAGAUCACAUUCUUCGUUGUGAUUUUCCAGAAUUGCCAGAUUCAGCUCUUCAACUGCUUGUGGCAGUGUUAGAGAACAGUAACUUUAAAGCACCUGACCUUGCAGCAGCAACAGAAGCUGAGCUUGUCAGGAGAUCAGAAGCAAAGUCUUGACUCUGUGAACGUUUUGAAAUUCUUACCCAUGUGCAUUUGUUUAUUGUUAGUGCAUAUUUGGGCUUCGAUCGUGAUCCAAGAGAGAGCAAGAAAUUGAAUCAGUUGGAUUUUCUUCCCUAAUGUGCUCCACAAGAUUGACUGAUUGUGAUUUUGUUGGUUUUGGUCUUACGACAAUCAAUAUAAAAUGAUCUAGUCUCUCGUUAAAAGUUUCUUCCAAUCUUACAAGGUUCAAGUAACACCAUUGGAUAAGUUACCACCCUGUAACAUGCUGUUAUACAUAUUUCCAUACAGAUGCAAGUCCUUGCUAUCCAUGAACUACUGAAAAACUUCUAGUGUUCAGUUUCCUUUACUCCAGGAGUGUCCAAACUUAUGACCCCCUAAUAGUUACUAACAUUUCUCCAUACAGUCUUAUCUCUGACUCAAACAUUAACCCUCUAACUCCCAUGAGUGAUCAAGACAGAAUUUCUCCUUUUAAUAUCAACACAGAAUCAAGCCGACUAGUGAGGAGAAUAAAGAUGAAAACUCAAUAAGGAGACUACAAGUGUAUCCAAUACCAAAUUCUCCAAAUUGAAACCAUAAGUAUUUUAAGGCAGACAGUAGGGAGAAUUGCUAAUCAGAUCUUGGGAGUUAAAGGGUUAAGGUUAUAAGAAAAAAGGAAAUGAUCACCAACUAGAGACUAAAGAAGCUCUUGAUUGUUAAUUAAAUUCUUCAUGUCAGCCCCUAAGAAAAUGUAUGGAGAACAAUAUUGAAAAUAUGCAUAUUGAUGUUUUAACCCUUUCACUCCCAAGAUCUAAUUAGUAAUUCUCCUUACUAUCUGCCAUACAAUUCUUCUGAUGUAAGUUCAGAGAAUUUGGUAUUGGAUCAACUAUUAAUCCCAUGAUUGAUAUUCUUCUCUAUUCUCAUCACCUGCCUGCUUGAUAUUGUAUUGAUAUUGUAAGGAGAAAUUCUGUCUUGGUCACUUGUGGGAGUGAAAGGGUUAAAGGGUUAACAUAGUACAUAAAAUUAUCUUAAGAUGGUUCUGUGUUUAAAAAGUUUGACUCUUUAUGAUUUAAAAUACCGUCAGCUUCCUAAAAUGUAAUAUUUUCCAGUCUUUAUUUAGUUUGAAUUAUAAUAUCAAUGUUCCAAGAGGAUGUGAAAUAUUUUGCCAAAAAAUUCAUAAUUUAUGAAAACAAAUGAGCCCCUAUUUUACUGCAGCUGUUACAACAUUGCCUCCAUUUAAUAAGUACUAGUUACCUUUUAACUUGGAAUAUUUGAAAAGUUGAAUGAGAAUAUUAAAUGGAGAAGAUCAGCAAAAAUAAUAUUGUAAGAAUUUUAUGUUUAGAGGGUAAGGUGUAGGUAGAGUCACCUCUUGACCCCAGAGACAAACAGCUGUUUGUGGAAAGGUUAUGGCAAAAAAGGACAAAGAGCAUGCAACAUUCCCUAAAGGCAAUCUGGGUAUCCAGUGUCAAUGAAAUUUUAAUUGUGAAACAAAUAAAUAU